GUGGCGCGGCGUGGCGUGCGUGAGGCGUGAGGUAAGGUGCCACAGGCGGUCGGAGUGGCGGGCGGGGCUCACCACAGCGCCUCAAGCCAGCACCCACGCGCCCACCACCACCACCACCACCAUCGCCACCACCAACAUGCGUGAGUGCAUCUCUAUCCAUGUGGGCCAGGCCGGCGUGCAGAUCGGCAACGCGUGCUGGGAGCUGUACUGCCUCGAGCACGGCAUCACGCCCGACGGGAUGAUGCCCUCCGACGACACAGUGGGCUACGGCGUCGACUCCUUCAACACCUUCUUCAGCGAGAUGGAGAGCGGCCUGCACGUGCCCCGAGCCGUCUUUGUCGACCUGGAGCCCACGGUGAUUGACGAGGUGAGGACAGGGACGUACCGCGCGCUGUACCACCCCGGCCAGCUUAUCACAGGGAAGGAAGACGCGGCCAACAACUUUGCCCGCGGCCACUACACCAUCGGCAAGGAGAUGAUUGACGUCACCCUCGAGCAGAUACGAAGGAUGGUCGACAACUCCUCCAGCUUGCAGGGCUUCCUGGUGUUCCACUCGUUCGGGGGCGGCACAGGGUCUGGCUUCACGUCUCUCCUCAUGGAACACCUGACCGUCGAAUUUGGCAAGAAGACCAAAUUGGAGUUCGCUAUCUAUCCGGCGCCCCAGGUGUCCACGGCCAUGGUUGAGCCGUACAACUCGGUGCUGACGACCCACACCUCGAUGGAGCAGAGCGACGUGGCCUUCAUGGUGGACAAUGAGGCGAUCUUCGACCUGUGCCACAAGAGCCUCGGGGUGAUGCGGCCCACCUACCACAACCUCAACAGACUCAUCAGCCAGAUCGUCUCCUCCAUCACGGCCUCGCUCAGGUUCGAGGGCGCCCUGAACGUGGACUUGGCAGAGUUUCAGACCAACCUCGUCCCCUACCCGCGGAUCCACUUCCCCAUGGCUAACUACGCCCCCGUGCACGCCGCCGAGAAGGUCAACCACAUGCAGAUCUCCACGGCCGAGCUGACCAACGAGUGCUUCUCCCCGAACAUGCAAAUGGUGAAGUGUAACCCGCGCAACGGCAAGUACAUGGCCGUGACGCUGCUCUUCCGCGGCGACGUGGUGCCCAAGGACGUGAACUCGGCCAUCCAGAACAUCAAGAACACCAAGAGCAUCGAGUUCGUGGACUGGUGCCCCACGGGGUUCAAGGUGGGCAUCAACUACAUGCCGCCCACCAUGGUGCCCGGAGGGGACCUGGCCACGGUGCCGCGCUCCCUGUGCAUGCUGUCCAACACCACGGCCAUCGCGGAGGCCUGGGCGCGCCUCGACCACAAGUUUGACCUCCUCUACAACAAGCGAGCCUUCGUCCACUGGUACGUGAGUGAGGGGAUGGAGGAGGGGGAGUUCAGCGAGGCGAGGGAGGACCUGGCGGCGCUGGAGAAGGACUACGAGGAGAUCGCCGAGGACCCCGAGGAGUACGAGGACGAGUACGACGACUACUGAGGAAGAGGAGGAUGAAAAGGAAACGACCGAGGAGGAGGAAGACGAGAGCACGGAGAUUAACGAGAAAAUGAUGACGACUAGAAAGGGAGGGAGGAGGAGGAGGAGGAGUUUUACUAAGAAAGAGUGAGAACGAAGAAGACGACUACUGAACAAGAGGAAGACUGAAAGGAUAACGAACGAGGAGGAGGAAAGACAAGAACACGGAGAUUAAUGAGGAGAAAGAUGAAGAUGACUAGAGAGAGGGAGGAGGAGGAGGGGGAGGAGGAGGAGAAAAAACGAAGAGGAACAAGAACAAUAACACGAAGAAAAGAAGAAGAGGAAGAGGAGAGGAGGAGGAGGGCUGCUAAGGAAGAAUUAGGAUGAUGAGGAUGACAAAAAAAUGAUGAUGAUGAUGAGGAGGAGGAGGAGGAAGAGGAGGAGGAAGAGGGCAACUACUGUCAGUGAUGAGAACAACGAUAUGAGAAAAAAGAAAACAACUUAGAGGACAACUUAUCCGAAUAUGGAGGAAAGAGGAAGACUUGGACUCCUUAUGACAAAGAGGACGAUAUAGAAGCCUCAUGAAGAAACUGAAAUACAAACACAAAGACAUUUAACAAGAGCCUCAGCUUCCCCUUAAAACCCUCCUUGCAAACAACAGUAAAGAAAACCGAUGCCUUGAUAUGGGACACUACGCUAGAUACGCCAUACGUGCCUCUUAUUAACUGUUCACUAUACUAUUUUUGCUUUUCGUUUUUAUGUCGUUUGUCAAAUCAGAAUGAGCGAGAAUGAGCCACAGGGGAUCGAAGGGGUGACUGAAGACCUAUACCGCGGGCUGUCCAUCUACCCAACCUCCCCAUCGCCUUCACAUUUGCUAUUUUUUGUUUCCUGUUCUUCGUCGUUUGUCGA